UUUAUGUGUGUAGUUCAAACUUAACCGACAUGAACUGUGUUUGGCAGUACAAAGCCCUUUCUUAUUAGAGCAUUGCGCGCCAAUUAUACUUGAGUUACCGCGAAUUCUAUAGAUUUCGCCUCCGAUGGAAGAUCUUCGGAAUUUGACGCUAAAAUUCUUCUCCGAUCAAGAGCUUUGCUAUGCUGAUAUCGUCCCUCUUGCUCAGGUCCGAGCCAGAAUUGAAGUCUCUGUCCUCAAUUUUCUCAAAAUAUUAAAUGCCUCCAGCCCUGCCAUCUCAGAUUUGCCUUUGAUUCAGAGAAAAUAUAGCAAUAGUCGAGUGAAUCAUGGCCUGUUGACUGAACUAUCACGUGUUUUUCUCUCCAAUUCCGUAUCGACGAGGUCUCUGAUGAGACCUAACGCAGCAAAGGCUUUUGUUAGGGUGUGGAAGGUGAUGGAGAUGUGCUAUCAGAUAUUGCUUCAGGAAAAGCGUGUCACUCAGAGGGAGCUCUUCUACAAGCUGCUGUGUGAUUCGCCACACCUGUUUCCUUCUCAAACACAUGUCAACAGGACAAUCCAAGGUUAUUACCAGUGUGUUGUUUGCUUUGAAUUUAAUGCUUGGUGUUUUAGAUGGGAAUAUAUCAAUCUGUGCCAAACAGAUCUUGUAGCAUUGCUUCGGUGCAGCCGAUUCAGUCUUGGAAUUAUGGCAUCUAGUCGAGGACUUGUAGCUGGCCGUCUGAUUUUGCAGGAACCGGGCAAAGAGGCUGUUGAUUGCUCUUUAUGCGGUUCUUCUGGAUUUGCAAUAUCUGGUGACUUGAAUUUGUUGGAUAGUUUGGUUCUAAAUGCAGAUGCUCGGUACGUUAUAAUUGUGGAAAAGCAUGCAAUAUUUCAACGGCUUACUGAGGAUCGUUUUUUUCAUCAAAUUCCAAGCAUUCUUAUCACGGCUAAAGGUUACCCAGAUAUUGCCACAAGAUUUCUUCUUUACCGAAUCAGUAAAGCUUUUCCUGACUUGCCAAUUCUAGCUUUGGUGGAUUGGAAUCCAGCUGGAUUAGCUAUUCUAUGCACCUUCAAAUUUGGAAGCAUAGGAAUGGGCCUAGAGGCAUACCGAUACGCUUGCAAUGUCAAGUGGUUAGGACUGCGGGGGCAUGAUCUACCCUUGCUGCCGAACCAAUCUUUCGUUCCAUUGAAGCCAAAGGAUCUGCAAAUUGCUCAAAGCUUGAUGUCCUCGGGAAUCUUACAGGAUAAUUACAAGGAAGAAGUGGCCUUGAUGGUUCAGAGCGGAAGGAGAGCUGAAAUCGAGGCCCUAUACUUUAAUGGAUAUGAUUAUUUGGGGAAGUACAUAGCUAAAAAAAUUGUACAGUCCGAUUAUGUAUAAUUCAUUUUUGAUAUAUAUGUUUAAAACCAUAAAA